AUGGUCCUCGACUGGAGCGCCCUAGCUCCCGGCCCGGCUGGAACUGCAAUGCUAGGCGAGAGUGGGAUCGAAGGCGCUGCCCGGCGUGGGCGCGAGCGUAUCCACCGUGAGCAAGCAGAGAAAAGAGAACUUGAAAAGAAAUUCAAGAAUGGUGAUGACACGGCGUCGGAGGUUACAUUGAUACCUACAAACCAACCGAGAGAGCCUGGGUCUAUACAACAGGAGAGGUAUACGGGAGGCGAUGAUAUGCCUAGGUCUUCGAUGGUUUCUGAUUCGGAUACGUCGAUAAAGCGGAAUGAUGGUCGGAGGCAACGUGGGGGUAUUAAGGGGAAGUUGAGUCGGUUUAAGAAGCGGUUGACUGGUUAG